UCAAGCACACAGGUUUUUGCUAUUUUUCUUCUAAAACAAUAAAAACAACAACAAAUACCGACAACGAGCAAGCGGUGGAAUUGUUAACAAAUGAGCUCCUAUUUUGUUAACUCAUUCUGCGGUCGCUAUCCCAAUGGCGCGGACUUCCAGUUACAUAAUUAUGGAGACCAUGAUACGACAAACGAGCAAUACAGAGACUCAACCGCCGUGCAUUCCAGCCGGUAUGGCUAUGGCUACAACGGGAUGGACCUAACCGUCGGACGGACCGGUACCGGACACUUUGUGGGCAACGAGCGGACUCAGGGCUACUCCCCGAGUCACUCGGCGGAGAUAACACCCUCGGUGGAUCCGGUCAGGUACGCUCAGUCCUCCAACAGCACCGGCACGUCGUCUCUUUCGCCACCACCUGAGCCACUACCGUGCUCCUCGGUCGCCACCUCGUCCCCAGUCACCGAGACUCAAUCUCAACACCGAGCUGUGAAAAACUCUCUCACGACCCCGUGCUCGAACUCCAACGGAGGCACGCUGCUGCUCAGCCGGGACUGUGUGUCCAAAGCUUUGCCCCUCGAGGAAGAGAAGCCUACGGGAAGCGCACCGACAACUCCUCAAAAUGUCACCGACUCCACACAGCCGCAGAUAUAUCCAUGGAUGAGGAAACUGCAUAUAAAUCAUGAUUUGUCAGGACCGGAGGGGAAGAGAGCCAGGACCGCCUACACCCGCUACCAGACCCUGGAGCUGGAGAAGGAGUUCCACUUCAACCGGUACCUGACCCGCAGGCGGAGGAUCGAGAUCGCCCAUGUCCUCUGCCUCUCGGAGAGACAGAUCAAAAUCUGGUUUCAGAACCGCAGGAUGAAGUGGAAGAAGGACAACAAGCUGAAGAGCAUGAACAUGGCGGCUGCAGGCGGGGGAGGCUACAGGCCUUGAUAUUCCCUCCUCUACCCCUGAUAGCGAGCACUAUGAAAAUAAAACAAAGAUUGUCAUAUCAACUUACUCCUCCUAUUUCAUAAAGCGCAGAGACUUGUGAACGGGCUUUGUGCGGAACAGGGGACACCCCACUUAAGUCCACUGUAUAUGUUCAACAACCGCCCCAUUAUAUUCCUGAAUAUUAUUUACUUUUUAUUUCCACCAUGGUAAUGCUUAUGUGAUUUAAAAAAAUGCAUUAUGUACAGUUAUGUCUAGAUUUAGGAGAAAAAGAAACGAAAUAAAUGUUUGUUUAAAUUAUUUCUUGUUCAGACGAAAAAAAAUUAAAUAAAAAAUCGUCAAAUCUUGAAAUGCUACUACCUAUACCGCAAAUAAAUCCAGUAAAAGUUGUGUGAUGCACUCGGAACAAUACCAGCCCAAUAAAUAGAGGGUUGAAGUUGAGCUGCCUUUGUGUUUUGCCUUCGUUUUCUAUGUAUGUAUACUGUAUAUGUAUUUAUUUGUUUGAUGUAUUGUAACAACUUGUCAGAUAACUUGCUUCCAAAAGUAGAGCCAGCAGAGUGUGUACGCCUUGUGUGGUUAUUGUUGUGAACACAUGAAUGGAAAGAGGUGCCGAUUCAGUCUUGUAUGUAUAGCCGCGUCUUGCAUCUUUGUUUUCUGUCUUUUAUCCGGCUGCUGUUUGACUUGAUCACCUGAACGCAACAUCUCAGUCAAAACGUGUUCUGUCUUUUGUUUUCAGCUACUUCCAUGUGCAGGGUCUCCCCAGUAAACCCCAUCGCCUAUUUGUAUAACUCCAUCGUGACGAUAGCUUUUUGUAAAUGUUUUUCAAAGACUGGAAGUCAAGAAUAUACUAUAAUAGUAAUAAUUAUGAUGAUGAUGAUGAUGAUUAUGAUGAUGAUGACGAUGAUGAUGAUGAUAAUGGCCAUUAUAAUAAACUUUCUACUGGAACGGCAA